AGAUGGCGGACACAAUGAGCCGGUGCCGCGCCGGUUGGCCCUGAGGCGACAGUGAGGAGGACCGGUCUGCGAGACCCUAUAGUCCCGGCAGAAGAGUGUUGCACAAGCAGGAGGAGGAAGAGGAGGAGGCGGCCCGACUGUCGGCCGCUCUCCAGCCCGCCGCCGGCGCGGCGCCGCGCCCGCCCCGCCCGGGUCGGCCCCUCGGCAGCCCGCCCGUUCGCCGGGCUCCGCCCCGGCUCUGCGCCGCCGCCGCCGCCUCCAGCAGCCGCCGCCAUGAAGCUGACCGACAGCGUGCUGCGGAGCUUCCGCGUCGCCAAGGUGUUCCGCGAGAACUCGGACAAGAUUAACUGCUUCGACUUCAGCCCCAACGGCGAGACGGUCAUCUCGAGCAGCGACGACGACUCCAUCGUGCUCUAUGACUGCCAGGAGGGCAAACCAAAGAGAACCCUGUACAGUAAGAAAUACGGCGUGGACCUCAUCAGAUACACUCAUGCAGCAAACACAGUCGUUUACAGCUCUAACAAAAUAGACGAUACUAUCCGUUACCUGUCCUUGCAUGACAACAAAUACAUCAGAUACUUUCCUGGACAUAGCAAAAGGGUGGUGGCCUUGUCCAUGUCACCUGUGGAUGAUACUUUCAUUUCUGGGUCUCUUGAUAAGACCAUUCGGCUCUGGGAUCUCCGGUCUCCUAACUGCCAGGGUCUCAUGCAUUUACAGGGCAAGCCAGUUUGUUCUUUUGAUCCAGAAGGAUUAAUUUUUGCUGCAGGUGUCAAUUCUGAAAUGGUCAAACUUUAUGAUCUUCGCUCUUUUGAUAAGGGGCCAUUUGCGACAUUUAAGAUGCAGUAUGAUCGGACUUGUGAGUGGACAGGGCUUAAGUUCAGCAAUGAUGGCAAACUCAUCCUCAUCUCCACCAAUGGCAGCUUCAUCCGUCUGAUCGAUGCAUUCAAGGGAGUGGUGAUGCAUACGUUUGGGGGUUAUGCCAACAGCAAAGCCGUCACACUGGAGGCCUCGUUUACUCCAGACUCGCAGUUUAUUAUGAUUGGUUCAGAGGAUGGCAAGAUCCAUGUCUGGAAUGGAGAGAGUGGUAUAAAAGUAGCUGUGUUGGAUGGUAAACACACAGGCCCCAUUACCUGUUUGCAGUUCAACCCCAAGUUCAUGACCUUUGCCAGUGCUUGUUCCAACAUGGCCUUCUGGUUGCCCACCAUUGAUGACUGACCUGCAUAGUGCUUGGCUGUUUUCUGUACAGCGAGGGUGGCCAGUAG